UAAUCUUUUUCUCUCUGCCUCUUCUAGUCUCUCUAUUCUGCGCGGGUUGCGACGGUAGAAGCAGAAAAAAUCAAUGGCGUCGGGGGACAGGAAAGCAUCGAAGGCAUCGAGCAGUCGCGCAGGAAGAAUCCGCACACUAUCGGAUCUGAACAGGCCGUCGGCCGACUCCGACAGCGACUCUGAUGGGCCGCAGGAGUAUUACACCGGUGGAGAAAAGAGUGGAAUGCUUGUCCAAGAUCCUUCAAAGGGCAAUGAUGUGGAUGCAAUUUUCAAUCAAGCAAGGCAACUGGGAGCUAUAGAAAGGCCUGUUGAUCAACUCCAGGAUCCACCUAGGUCAACAAGUUUUACUGGAACUGCACGAUUACUCUCUGGAGAAACUGUACAAUCGACUUCUCAACAACCUGAGUCUUUUGUUCACAACAUUGUUUUUUGGAGUGAUGGCUUCACUGUAAAUGAUGGACCUUUGAGGAGGUUGGAUGAUCCUGAGAAUGCUUCAUUCCUAGAGAGUAUCAAAAAGUCUGAGUGUCCAAAAGAGCUUGAACCUGCAGACAGGAGGUCAUCAGUCAAUGUUAACCUCAUAAGGAGGACUGAAAAAUACCCAGAACCUGAAAAGCGCCAUGUUCCGUUCCAGGGAGUGGGAAGAACUCUAGGAAGCAGCUCUACUUCAGCAGCACCCGAGACAAAUGUUGCCUCAGCUCCAUCCAAUGCUCCUCCCCCGUCUGCGGGACUGGUUGUGGAUCAGUCCCUGCCAUCAACCUCCAUUCAGAUUAGGCUAGCUGAUGGGAGUCGCUUGAUAUCUCAAUUUAAUUAUCAUCACACAAUCAGUGAUAUCCGUGGAUUUAUUAAUGCGUCUAGGCCUGGGGGCACGCCAAGUUACCAACUUCAGGUGAUGGGGUUUCCCCCAAAGCUUCUGACUGAUGAAACUCGAACCAUAGAGCAGGAAGGACUGGCAAAUUCGGUGGUCAUCCAGAAAUUCUAAUGAACAUCACAAAACCUGCUGCUUCCUGGUCAUUGCUGGUUUAAUCGCGGUAUUUACAAAGUGAACUUGUUUUCUCUUCAUCAAACUUGACAGCGUUUAGUGACAGUUUCUUUGAGGGCUUUUAGCUUCGGACGACCUAAUUGGUGUUAUUCAAGUUUUAUCGUGUAUAUUUCUCGAUUCAGGAUCAGUAGGAUGGAAACUUUGAACCUAAUGCCUGUGUUUGGAGCAAAGUGAGGAUAAUUGAUGACUGUAUGUACUGUCUUUCUGCUAGCAUAAGAGGCGGUUUUAUAUAAUCUCGAUUGAACUCUUGUUUCACUUGUCCAAAUGUAGAAAGUGCUCUUCUGAACUGUGCAAAUGUGAUUCCGAGUGAUAUUUUAUA